AUGCCGGUGCGGGAGGUGACAGGAUGGGCGAUGCUCCGCGGGCUCUCCCGCAGCGGCAUCGAGGGCCCCCGAGGUCCCCCUGGCACCCGGGGCAAACCUGGCGACGAUGGCAAACCCGGCCUCAACGGCAAGAAUGGAGAAAAGGGUGAUGCUGGAGCCCCCGGCAGAGAUGGAGAAAAGGGUGAUGCUGGAGCCCCCGGCAGAGAUGGUUUGCCAGGCCUCCCUGGCAUCGCUGGACCGAAGGGGGACCCAGGGGAGCCUGGAUCCAGAGGGGAGCCGGGGCGACCUGGCAACCCUGGAGCGCGCGGUGAGCCUGGGACAGGAGUGAACAUCGAACAUAGCCUGGAAGCCCUUGGCAUCAAGAUCUCCUCCCUCAAGGAGCUCACGGGUGCCUACGACGGGAGCUCGGACUCAUUCCUGCCCGUGUCCGAACGCCUGCGGGGCCAGAAGGGCAGCAGAGGGGAGCCGGGAGAGAGAGGGCCUCCGGGCAGAGAGGGCACCGCUGGCCCGCCGGGCACCCAGGGCCCGUCUGGGAUGAAGGGAGAUCCGGGGGAGCCUGGCUCCAGCAUCCGCGUGAGUCGCUGUGCCCUCCUGGAGCUCCCCGUCCCCAUCGGCGCCAGCCCUGACCCCCCGAAGGCAGCCGGCACCUUCCCACGGGGACUUGUCGUUCCUCGGCCAGCCGAGACUGGGCAGCCCCUGGCUGGCCCCGCCGGCCUGGCCGGCGAGCCGGCGCUGAUGGAGGGAAUCUUGCUGGGUGAACCCGGCUCCAAGGGUGACCGGGGCUUGCCUGGCCCCAAGGGAGAGAAGGGGGAGCCUGGAAGAUUUGGGGAGCCUGGAGAUCCCGGGGAAGACGGAGCCAAAGGAUCGUCCGGAGCCAAGGGGGAAAAGGGCUCUCCUGGUGUCGGCGUGCGGGGACCUCCAGGACAGGACGGACCUCCUGGCUUGAAGGGUGACACUGGCUUGCCAGGCCCACCAGGACCCCCGGGCUUGGCAGGUGUCGCAGGGACCCCGCAGGAGCUGGGGGAGAUCUGCGCCGCGCAGGGUCUCACCGUCAACCCUUUCUUGCAGGGAGACAUCGGGGCCAUGGGGCCCAAAGGAGACAAGGGAGAGCGUGGCCUGAAGGGCACAGAAGGGGACAAGGGGGACAAAGGGGAGCAGGGCAUCCCUGGAGAGAAGGGCUGGGCGGGAGAAGCCUGGUCGCUGCCCGCAGCCGUUUUGGAUCUCGUCCAUCAAGCUUUGUUGCCUGGGGGGAGCAGGGAGAUGGCUGAGGCCAAACCUCAGCCUGCAGCCACCUCUCGCUGA